AUGAGGAAAGUAUCCAAGAAUGAAUUCCAGUUGGAUGCAUUGAGGAAAGUAUCCAAGAAUGAAUUCCAGUUGGGUGCAUUGAGGAAAGUAUCCAAGAAUGAAUUCCAGUUGGAUGCAUUGAGGAAAUAUCCAUCUUCAGUGAGACAAUUUAAGGAAACAUGGUACAUGCAAUACAAUCCAAUACCAAGAGAUUCAGGUACUACAAACCAAGGAACUGUAAACUUAGAUAUAUCAAACUCGGGUGCAAUAAGACAAGAAACUACACACCAAGGUACAACAAACCAAGGAACUGUAAACUCAGAUAUAUCAAACUCGGGUGCAACAAGACAAGAAACUACAAACCAAGGUACAACAAACCAAGGAACUGUAAACUCAGAUAUAUCAAACUCGGGUGCAACAAGACAAGAAACUACAAACCAAGGUACAACAAACCAAGGAACUGUAAACUCAGAUAUAUCAAACUCGGGUGCAACAAGACAAGAAACUACAAACCCAGGUACAACAAAGCAAGGAACUGUAAACUCAGAUAUAUCAAACUCGGGUGCAACAAGACAAGAAACUACAAACCCAGGUACAACAAAGCAAGGAACUGUAAACUCAGAUAUAUCAAACUCUGGUACAGCAAAAUAA